GAACUUCUCAACCAGGCCUGGAUGAAGGAUGGGAAGGAGACAAAGGCACCGCACGUGAUGCUAGUCUCCAAGAGGUUCAAUGAGGUCAGUAAACUCGUAGUCUCAGAGCUGGUCUCCCGCAAGGGGGUAGCUGAGCGAGCCGCCUGUAUUGAGAAGUGGGCAGCUAUCGCAGACAUCUGUCGCUGCCUCCAAAAUUACAACGGUGUCCUGCAAAUCUGUGCAGCCCUAGAGAACAGUUCCAUCCACCGGUUGAAACAGACCUGGCAAUACGUGACGAAGCAAAGCAAGCAGACUGUUGAAAAACUGCUCAACCUUGUGACAACGAACGCUCGCUUCAAAAACAUGCGCGAGGCCCUGCACCGGUGCGACCCUCCGUGCAUACCCUAUCUCGGUAUGUACCUGACUGAUCUCUCCUUUAUUGAGGAAGGAACGCCAAAUGUGACGGAAAAUGGUCUGAUCAACUUCUGUAAAAUGCGAAUGCUGGCCCAUGUUCUGAUGGAGGUUCGCAGGUAUCACCAGGCGCCAUACGCGAUCGAACAGCGUCAGGAGGUGAGCAUUUAA